AUGGUUGAGUUUGCACCUUUGUUUGUGCCACUGGAACACAGGCUGCAGACCUUAGCAGUCCUGAAGUGGAUCUUCAGUUCCUUGGCCCUGUAUUUUGUCUGCUACGUGGUCUUCAUAGGCCUCCUGUUCACAAGAUUCUGGAUGAUCAGUAUCCUAUAUGCAAUCUGGUGGUACCUGGAUCGAGACACACCAUGGCAAGGGGGCAGGCAGAGUGCUUUCAUAAAGCACUUGACCUUAUGGAAAUACCUGAAGGACUAUUUCCCCAUCUCGCUGGUCAAGACCGCAGAGCUGGACCCCUCCUGGAACUACCUCGCUGGCUUCCACCCUCAUGGAAAUGGGGUGAUUGGAGCUUUUACCAACUUGUGCACGGAGAGCAUGGGCUUCUCCUCAGUUUUCCCAGGCAUCUGCUCGCAUUUGAUGAUGCUGAACAUGUGGCUCUGGUUCCUUUUCUUCAGGGAUUAUGCCAUGUCAGUGGGGCUGGUCUUAUCAGACAAGGAGAGUGCUACUCACAUUCUGAGGAGGAAAGGAAGUGGCAACCUGCUAUCCAUCGUUGUUGGGGGCGUCAAGGAAGUACUGAAUGCCAGGCCUGGAGCCUACAAGCUGGUGCUGUGGAACCACAAGGGCUUCAUCAGGCUCGCCCUGAUACAUGGAUAUCGGGAAGAGGGUUCAGAGGCAGCUCUGGUGCCUAUCUUCUCCUUUGGGGAGAAUGACAUAUAUGACCAGGUUGAGAACUCCCCUGGCUCCUGGCUGCACUGGUUCCAGGACCGACUUCUAAAGACCACAAGAUUCUCCAUCCCGCUCUUCUACGGCCAUGGAGUCUUCCAGUACAGCUUUGGUCUUAUGCCCUACCGCCGGCCCAUCACCACCGCGGUGGGGAAGCCCAUCGAAGUGCAGAAGACAUCACAUCCCUCCCAGGAGGAGAUGGACAGCCUGCACCAGUGCUACAUCAGGGAGCUGAGCAACCUCUUCAAAGCCCACAAGCUCAAGUACAGCGUCCCAAAAGACCAACACUUGAAGUUCUACUGA